AUGGCAUUGCUACAGUCUUUUGCAAUUUCUUUUCCAAUAUCUCACUAUUCUCACCAACCCUACUCCCUUCCAGGAUUGGCAUUUGGAGGCGUUCACACUAGCAUGCGCUCAUCGUUCAACGGCCAAUCUUUGUUCCUAUCACAUUCAAGUUUGCCAAGACAAACUCAAACUCGAAGAAUGCCUAGACUGAGUAUAAUGAUGAUAAAACCAACAAUUCAGUUCAUUCAAGGAACUGAUGAACAGACAACCCCAGAUGUGAGGCUUACAAAAUCAAGGGACGGGACUAACGGUAUGGCUAUAUUCAAGUUUGAUCAACCCUCGGUUUUUGACUCGUCUAGUGAAGUAGGUGAUAUUACUGGAUUCUACAUGAUUGAUGAGGAAGGAGUUCUUCAGUCAGUUGAUGUUAAUGCAAAGUUUGUGAAUGGGAAACCUGCAGGAAUAGAGGCAAAAUAUGUCAUGCGAACUCCACGAGAGUGGGAUCGGUUUAUGAGAUUUAUGGAACGAUAUGCAAACGCGAAUGGCUUAUCAUUCGUCAAAAAAUGA